AUGGUAUCUAUCUAUCUAUCUAUCUAUCUAUCUAUCUAUCUAUCUAUCUAUCUAUCACUCUAUUCAUUAUCUAUCUUCAUUAUCUAUCUAUCUAUCUAUCUAUCUAUCUAUCUAUCUAACUAUCUCACUCUAUUCAUUAUCUAUUCAUCUAUCUAUCUAUCUAUCUAUAUCUAUCUAUCUAUCUAUCUAUUCUAUUCAUUAUCUAUUCAUAUCUAUCAUUCAUCUAUCUAUCUAUCUAUCUAUCAUAUCUAUCUCACUCUAUUCAUUCAUUCAUCUAUUCAUUCAUCUAUCUAUCUAUCUAUCUAUCUAUUCAUUCAUUCAUCAUCCAUUCUAUAUCUAUCUAUCUAUCUAUCUAUCUAUCUAUCUAUCUAUAUCAUCUAUCUAUCUAUCUAUCUCACUCUAUUCAUUAUCUAUCUAUCUAUCUAUCUAUCUAUCUAUCCAUUCAUCUAUCUAUCUAUUCAUCUAUCUAUCUAUCUAUCUCACUCUAUUCAUUAUCUAUUCAUCUAUCUAUCUCACACUAUCUAUCUAUUCAUCUAUCUAUCUAUCUAUCUAUCUAUUCAUCUAUCUAUCUAUCUAUCUAUCACAGUCUGUUCAUAUAUAAUGAGGCGGGAAGACAACUAG